GACAGCAUCUGGAAUAUCAUCUGCUACACUCCCCAUACCCUCGUCUCUCUCCUCGCUCAAUGAAUCAAGCUCACAUCAAUCUGCGGUAACACUAUCCGCGCGCAAGGACUGCGCCACAACGAACUCAUUGGUGUCUCGAUCCAUCUUGAACCACAACCCAUCUCCAUCCACUCCACCCAUCAUGUCCGACUUAGAUGCCUCAGCCUCCUUUAUAAACCCUCCGUCGACCAUUGACGAAAACGAUAUCGAUUCCCUACCUUCAGAACCGGAUUCAGACGAGGUUACAAUCAGUGAAGAUGACUAUGAGUCAGAUGCGGAACGAGAGUGGAAGGAAAGCCUGCAACAGUUGGAGCUCUUAUUAACCAUGGUCAUCGUGCCAUAUAUGGGAAAGUACUUUGGAAGGAAGUUUGCAUAUUGGGGCUGGAAACAAUACAUGGAAUGGAAUUACCCCGUCAAGGUCGAAUUUACAAACAAGGCUGCCUUCAGAGGUGUUGGGGCCAUUGAAGCUGCUGCAUCGUUAUAGUUGGUCAUCCGUGGAUGUGUGUCGUCGCAUCCAAGGAUCUGUUCCCAAAGACGAGCUCUACAAUCGAUCGAUAUAUACAUCUCAUGACAAAAAGCUACGACUCAAAGAGGUGGAACUUCUUAAACGGCUCUCCAAGCACUUUUCCCGACACAUCAAACCUGACGCCCUCCUGCGUCAGCAAUUCGAUCUUCUUAUUGGCAUGCUUCCCAUCCUUACCCCAGUCGCCUCCAAAACCGCCGAUCGAUCCGUUGGCUGCGAGUACGCGAUGACAGGGAACAUCAGGAGCGAAUGGAUUGUUGCGCAUACCACUGCCAACAGCUCGUGCAGAAGAGUCCAGAAAGUCGGACAGGGCGGCAUAGGUGGUGUAGCGGCCGCGGGGAACCGACAGAAGAGCUGUGUAUAAUCUCUUCCGAUACGGUGUGAGGGAAGCAUGGGAUUGAAUGCGAGAGAGCGUCGCUUUGAGUGUGGCCAUGUCCCCAGACGGAUGCUUGGGCUCUAUUGGUGCUUGUGGACGACUGGCAUCGAGAUUGAAGGUCAAUGUGGACUGCCGUUUGCCAGAUUUGGGCAUUUUGGUCUUCCUCCCCGAGUCAUCAUCGUCUCCCCCACGGUCGAGCAUACGCUUAUUCGCAUACUUGGUCUGAUUCUUUCCUCGGCAUUGCAAGCUCUUCUCGUCAAGUUGACAUAGAUCUACUUUGCCAGUCUGGAUAUCCUCACCCAAUGAAAUGGCAUCACGUAGUUGUUCUCGACUCAUAUUUUUCACUGCUGG